GUCAAAAGAGGCGGCGUUAGCUACGCCGGACGCUUGCCUUGGAUUCAACAUCAAACCCGUCUCAGAAAGUUGCCUUAUUUACGUAUUUGUUGGAGCGUCCCAUGGAUUUAAUAUAAGUAGAUCGUCUACUGACAAACUUCACGUGACUUAUCUCCGAAAGUCAUCGAUCUGGGCAGAGCGCCAGAGGUUGAGCUACAGCCAUGGUGCAACAAUACCAGUCACCUGUAAGGGUCUACAAACACCCCUUUGAGCUGAUAAUGGCGGCCUAUGUGCGGAGGUUUCCAAACUGCCCCCUGAUCCCCAUCUUUGUGGACAGUGAGGUGGUGAAGGAGGAGCACAGUGAUGACGGAGCCACUGUGUUCAUUGAGAGGCGCUGUAAGGUGGAGGCAGACGCCCCCCGGCUGUUCAAAAGGAUGGCUGGUGUGGACUACCUGUACUUCAUCCAUAAGAACACUCUGGACAGCAGGGAGAGGGCGCUGCACAUCGAGGUCGUCAACGAGACCUUCUCCAACAGAGUCAUCGUCCAUGAGAUCUGCAACUACACGGUUCACCCAGAGAAUGAGGAGUGGACGUGUUUCGAGCAGACAGCCAGUCUGGACAUCAAGUCCUUCUUUGGCUUUGAGAACGCAGCCGAGAAGCUAGCCAUGAAGCAAUAUGCCAACAGUAUUAAAAAGGGCAAAGAGAUCAUAGAGUAUUACCUGAAGGAGUUGGAGGAUGAGGGGGUGACCCACGUCCCCCGCUGGAGCCCCCCUCAGGCCCCCCCACCCACUGCCAGCCCCACAGAUCUACCGGCUGGCUCCCCAGAUGACAAGUUGGAUGCAGACUACAUCAGGCGUUACCUAGGAGACCUGACGCCGCUGCAGGAGAGCUGUCUUAUAAGACUACGCCAGUGGCUGCAGGAGACCCACAAGGGCAAGAUCCCUAAGGACCAGCACGUGCUGCGUUUCCUGCGGGCCCGGGACUUUAACCUGGAGAAGGCCGAGAUCCUGUGUCAGUCGCUCUCCUGGAGGAAGCAGCACCAGGUGGACUUCCUGCUGGACUCCUGGGAGAGACCUCAGCUGCUACACGAUUACUACACCGGGGGCUGGCACCACCACGACAGAGAUGGACGCCCUCUGUAUAUUCUGCGACUCGGUCAAAUGGAUACCAAGGGUUUAGUACGCGCCUUGGGCGAGGAGUCCCUUCUGAGACAAGUCCUGUCCAUCAACGAGGAAGGUCUGAGGCGUUGUGAAGAGAACACCAGAGUCUUUGGCCGACCCAUCAGCUGCUGGACGUGCCUGGUGGACCUGGAGGGGUUAAACAUGCGUCACCUGUGGCGUCCGGGGGUUAAAGCCCUGCUGAGGAUCAUAGAGGUGGUGGAGGCCAACUACCCAGAGACCCUGGGAUGUCUGCUCAUACUGAGGGCUCCACGGGUCUUCCCUGUGCUCUGGACCCUGGUCAGUCCAUUCAUUGACGAGAACACCAGGAAGAAGUUCCUGGUGUAUGCUGCGAAUGACUACCAGGGGCCUGGAGGUCUGGUGGACUACAUCGAUAGAGAGGUCAUCCCUGACUUCCUGGGAGGAGACUGCCUGUGUGAGAUCCCUGAAGGAGGUAGUCCCAAAUCUCUGUACAGGACAGCAGAGGCGCUGGAAAGUGAGGAGCUGCGGCUGUGGACAGAUACCAUCUACAAGACUGCCAGUGUCUUCAAAGGGGCCCCACAUGAGCUGCUGAUCGAAAUCUCUGAGUCCUCUUCUGUGAUCACCUGGGACUUUGACGUGUGUAAAGGGGAUGUCAUCUUCAACAUCUACCACUCCAGGAGGGCGCCCCAGCCCCCCAAGAGGGACGUCCAGGGGGCCCACGGCAGCAUCGUGUCGCAAGCCACCAACAACAUGCAGCUGAUUGACAGAUCCUGGAUUCUGGGGCAAGACUACAGUAUGGUGGAGACAGCACUCACCUGCAAGGAGGGAGAGAGUGUUCAGGGCUCCCAUGUGACGCGGUGGCCCGGGUUCUACAUCCUCCAAUGGCGGUUCCAUUGCUCCCCGGCCUGCUCUACCUCCAGCCUGCCCCGGGUGGAUGACGUUCUGGCCUCCCUGCAGGUCUCCUCCCACAAGUGUAAGGUCAUGUUCUACACCGAGGUGCUGGGCUCCGAAGACUUCAGGGGCUCUAUGACCAGUCUGGAGUCCAGUCACAGUGGCUUCUCCCAGCUGAGUGCCGCCACCACCACCUCUAGCCAAUCACAGUCCAGCUCCACCGUAUCAAGGUAGCAUCCAGCCAAUAGGAGGUGAAGGAGUUUGAGUUUUGCUACACGGAGAUCCCAUUUAGGAUCUAACUGACUUCUGAUACUGUUGACUUCUGCCCUGUUGCCUUAAAGAAAAAACAGUGCUGUACCAACACCUGCCAAUGAGGACUUAACCUUACCCAGGGGAUGAGAGAAGUGUUAUGAACUGUAUGGAACAAGGAUAGCCUAUCCUUAAUGCCAUGUGGUGGAACACUGGACUUCCUACCUGUGAGCACCUUCUAGUACUGCAUUUAAAGCACUGGAAUACAUUAUUAAAAUAUACAUGUACGUUUUUUUAUCUAUCUAUAAUUAGUGACAUUAAGAUUGCUCUGGAAGUGGAACGUCUGCUAUAUGAGCAUCUGCUGAAUGAAUAAAUGCAUAUGGAGAUGUCUUGCAAACCAUCCUCUUCUUUCUUUCAAUACCAUUAUUCUUUCUUUUUAAGGGAAGUGAAAUGUUUCCCAUUGUUUUGAAAUUGAACAAUAAAGCACUGCCUAUUUUCA